GUUUUUGAAGCUGCACAGGUGUUAAGCGUGAAUUUCAGACAGCAUGAAAAAAGAGCAGGUUGUAAACUGUCAGUUCUCGGUUUGGUAUCCUUUAUUCAGGAAACACACAAUUAAAAGCUUGAUUCUACCUAUACCUCAAAAUGUAAUCGACUAUUUGUUAGAUGAUGGGACACUUGUGGUUUCUUGCAGUGAGAACGACAAUCAGCACACACACACAAAUAACACUGAUUCGGACGAGGACGAUAUUCAGUGGACUGACGACGAAACUACAACAACAGUUACAGCACCAGAAUUCCCUGAGUUCAGCAAAAAGGUACAGGAGGCAAUAAAUGUUCUGCGUGGACGUGUCUUCCCAAAGCUCAACUGGAGUGCCCCUAGAGAUGCCAACUGGAUUGCAUUGAACAGUUCCCUACAGUGUCAGAGCCUAAGUGACAUCUUCCUUCUUUUUAAAAGUUCAGAUUUCAUAACACAUGACCUCACACAGCCAUUUCUCCAUUGUAGUGAUGAUUCUCCAGACCCAACCAUUAACUAUGAGUUGGUGUUGAGGAAAUGGAGUGAGCUCAUUCCAGGAGGGGAGUUCCGCUGCUUUGUGAAAGAAAACAAACUAAUUGCAAUCUGUCAGAGAGACUACACACAACAUUACCAGCACAUUGCCAAACAGGAGGCAAACGUGUCCAGCUCAAUACUAGAGUUCUUCAGGGACCAAAUUCAAUACAAGUUCCCAGAUGAGGACUUUGUCCUGGAUGUUUACAGAGAUAGCACAGGACGUGUGUGGUUGAUCGACUUUAACCCAUUUGGUGAGGUCACGGACUCUUUGCUCUUCACGUGGGAGGAACUAACCUCGGGGAAUAACCUCACAGCCAAUCCGACACAAGAGGAGACAGUGCUGCAGGACAGACCUGCAUUUCGUUACCCUACCAGUGAGGUCACUGUGCAGCCGAGCCCAUGUCUGUCAUACAGAAUCCCGCGAGACUUCAUGGACCUGUCCUCUGGAGAGGACGCCUAUAAACUCAUUGAUUUUCUUAAGCUGAAGAAGGGUCAGCAGGAGGAGGAGGAGUCUGAAGAGGAACGGGCGGGUCCUUAGUUGUAGAUAAUCAGAGAUGCUGUAUACCAUUGGUACUUUAUUCUGAACCUCUAGGUUAUCUUUCAAUCCUGCUCUAACACCUGUCAAGUGAGGAACAUUGACAGGCUACUUCAUGUAAAGACUAUAUAAAGAUGUUGUGCAGGAAGGCGGCGGUCAGUGCCAACUCUGAGUAAUGCUUUGGCAGGCUUAUUUAUGCUUCUGUAUGAGAGAAAACCUUUGAAAAAAUGUAUCCACAGUAGUGCUUAAACCAAGUAAAUUCAGUGUGCAAAGCUGUAGAAAGAAAACAAUAAAGAAUGUGUAAUAACUCAAAAAUAAAAUGUUGCUGCAAAGUUACAACUAAAAACGA